AUGAGGGAACAUGCACAACUCCUGAGUUCCGUAAGAGAUGUUAUUAGUGAGUACAAGAUUGAUGAUGUGAUUAGUCAAGCUCAAGCAACUAGAGCAGCCCUGGGCUCCCAAAGGGCCUUGUUUGGAGAUGUUCAAGGAAAAGUGAAGCAGCUCAGUGACAAAUUUCCUGUCAUUCGUGGCUUACUUGGUUCUAUUAAAGGAAAAAGAUCAAGAAACACUCAUCUUUUCUGCUGUGAUUGCUGCUUGUACGUUUUUCCUUACCAUAUGUUGGCUUUCUAA